AUGCCCCGCCUCCCCUGGCCCCCCUCGGGCCGGCCCGGGGCGAGGGGCCUCGAGGCCCGACUUGAGGCUACCUUGGGGAGCCUGCCGGCGCGCAGCCCGAAGCCCUGCCAGCUCAGACGAGGAGGAGGGGGGAGCGGGGCCUGCUGCCGACCUGCUGAGCGACGCGGCGGGGACGCUGCAGCGCAGGGGCAGGGCCGACAGCGCCGCCGCAGGCCUCGGCCACGGCCAGCCUCCCGAGGCGCUGGUGCAGGGCGGGCACGAGCUGCACUGGUGUGGCCGCUGCAGCAUGCACCAGCCGCUGCGCACGAAAAGCACUGCCGCGACUGCGGCUGGUGCGUUCGCACCCACGACCACCACUGCCCCUGGAUUGGCCGCUGCAUCGGGGAGAACAACCGCACAAUAUUCCUCUGCUACCUCGCGAUCCAGACUCUCGAGUUGCUCGUGUAUUUUGUCGAGGGCCUCCACGGCGUUUCGGUCUUCGAGCCCAGCGCCCUGCUUGUGGUAGGGCUCCUGUGCAUCGCCCUGUUCUUCAUUAUGGUCCUCACCCUGCUGAACUACCACGUGUUCCUCAUGCUCGCUAACUUUACGACGUGGGAGCACAUCUCGUGGCACCGCAUCACGUACCUGAAGCGCCUCGCGCAGGAGGACGGCUCGCCGUUCUCGCGCUCGCAUCUCGGGAACGUGGUGGACUACUGCUGCGGCGCGCGGUGGUGUCCCGCGCCGCUGCGGAGGCUCUCGGCGCUGAAGACGGACAAGGACCUGGGCAUCGUCUGGGAGCUUGCGGAGCAGCGCCCCCCAUGCUGCCUCGUGGCCUACUGCAUCGACACCUGCUGA